UUGUAAAAUGAUUCAGAUAAGUUGUUGGAGAAGAGUUGCACCAAAUUGAAAAAGAAAAACAUUGAUACUGGUUCUUAUGAAAUGAAAAGUUGAAGCUUCUAUAGGUAGCAAUUUUCAAUUAUGCUAUUGCUCUUGAAUGAUAUCAACUUCCAUUUUAUUAUGGUACUAUACCGUGGUAUAACCAUCCCUUCUUUUUCAUCAGGCCUAGAAGGCUGGAAAAGUUGAUAACUAGAAGCCAGCUUAUUAAAUUGAAAGUCAUAAGGGUUGUAAAAGCAUAUCAUCAACUAGGCCCACCCGUUGAUUUCAAAGUUUUUAUUUCUAGUCAUGUAAUAAUGAAAGUAUUUUUUCUUCCAUGCUUCUAGUUAGUUAGCAUAGAUUGGAAUCGAUCCAGGAAAAAGUUUUUUUUAUCAGGAAACUGUAUAAGAAACUGGAAGAUACGUUAUUUUGAGUGCCUUUAAUAGAAGAAAAUCAUAUGUUCAGAAUACAUUAAUUAUUAAACUGUUCAAUACAAGCUGAUCAAACUUCUGACUCGCGGCAAUUUUCUCUGCACCAAAUUUCAAAACACAUUAUUUUUGAGGUUUUUGGUCACACAUUUGAAAAAAUAAAUGUAAACAAGGUAUGACAUUUUUUCUAUAUCAAAGAAGAAGGCAGUCAACAUUUAUAAUUUUUGUAAAAUUUAGUAAAAAUCAAAAAGUUUACGAUCGUGAAUAUUAAAAAAAAAUCCUUUAUGCAAAACAUAUUAAUUACAAUUGCACAGAAAUGUAAAUAAUUGAAGUUUACCCUUCUUGCAUAUUUUUGUUCCAAGUAAUGGCAAAUAAAUACAUGGAUGAAAGAAAGUACCUUCAGAAUGGUGGCAAGUAUGACUGCCAACAGGCUUCAAGAGGAUACAGGCAGAGUCAAGAUACAAGUAGACUCACUGUGAAACAGAGAACGAGCCAAAAGUCUUCAGGUGACAUCCCUUGCCCUUCACCAAAUCACGGCAAAGAGCACGAGUCCAACCAAGAGAAUGAUAAACAAUGUGAAUACCUGAAGUACCCUUUACCACAACCUAGAGCACAACCAAGAGGCAAACCCUCAGCAGCAGCAAACUCUCAUCAAUGCCAAGUGAUGGUCAACACUCCAAGAUAUUAUAAGCCGAAACCUCAUCGCCAUCCAUCAGCUCUAUCUAUCCCACUGCUUUCCAGACCCGAAUCAGAAAUAAAUUUGAAAGCAAGAAGCAGAACAAAAAUGACUGAUGUAUCAUCAGUGAAAGAUAAACGAAGGAGAGUCAAUAAGCAACGCACAGUGACGGCCAACAAGCAUGGAAUGAAUGAGGCGACUCAGAAGCAGAGAGGAAUGCAGCCGACUGAUGCGUCUUCAGCCAGUGACGAGGAUGACCUGCGCAGUGUUAGCUUGAGAGCUUACUCCAGUGGAUGCCUAUCGGUGGACAUUUCCAGCCAAGUAGGAGAUUUGGUCAAAGCGUUCAAUACAGUAUCAAAACGGCAUAAAGUGAAGAAAAUCGUUUAUGAAGAGAUCGAGCCUAUUUACCCAAAGUGUGAAUUGCAACAGCUCAAGCCACAGAAAAAGAAUUCUCAGAAGAUAAUUAAUGAUAGACAUUUGCAGACGUCAGAGCCAAAUUACAAUUUCAACCCAGGCCUUACUGAGGUACCUGAAACUGAGGAGGAGUAUGAGAGCAAAUGUACUUGCAAUGAACAGGAAAUCCUUAUGAAAACUACUAUAGACCAAGGAAUUGGCGACAAAAAAGACGUGGAUCAAUUGGAGAAAUUGUUUCUUGAGGUUUUUGCUCAGGGUAAAGUGGAAGGGCUGCCAAAACAGAAAAAGCUGGAUUGCUUGCAAGAUGCUUACAAUCAGUAUAGUGCUGCACUGGAAGACUUUUCAAAUAACCAGGAAAUCGAUUCAGAUGGUUGUAUACUUCCACAACAUCAAAGCCAACAAAAUUACAGUAAUCAGACUCCUCAGUACGUCUCUUCAGGAAAUUGUGAAGGGGGAACUGGGCACCAAUUCAAUGCUGAGAAUAAUUUGAGGGCAAGAAGAAGGUACAGAAAUACGCGGCAAGUGGAACAGAUUCCCAAUGAAUUGAUUAACGGUGAUGAACAAGAAGCAAUAGAUGAGACAAAUCAAGAAGUGAUGCAAUGUACUUGUAAUCACGAAAAUGAUAGGUCCAAUGAUAAUCAAUUGACGACAAAUGAACUUAAUGUGAAUGUGGAUUACACAAACUUUCCUUCUUCUCAAACAGAUUUUUCUAAAAUGCUAACAUACCAGAGGCAGAAUAGAGUUCUGGAGAACACUGCUGAGAGUAGCUUUGAAAAUACAAUCAAUGACCAACAAGAUGCGGAGCGAUUUGACGAAACUUACAACUGUAAUCGAUCCAACUUGCUGACUCAGAACCAAAUCGAUUCCCAAUUUCGUAACAGAGAACACACACUCGUAGGUGGAAUAGAUUGUAGGAGAGACUCUUCGUCCUUAACCCCUGAUUCGGGUAUCGCUAGAACACUGAACAGUAAAUUAUCAACGCAAUUACAUGAGAAUGGCAAAGCAUCAACCCCUCAUUCCAGCAUACCUUGUCCAGCCCCUCCUAAACUCUCAAUAUCUGACAAUCAUUUCCGGCCAGACAGUCGAAAUAAUUAUUGCGGACAUAUUCAGUGCUUCCAACGAUCAAAAUCGAAAGGAGUGGAAAUUGCCAAUAUGGGUAAACGACAGAUGAUGAGAAACAAGUCGAGUGAUAGAGACAGUUCAGAACCACAAAAUUUGGUGUACAAUCAAGAAACGCCAAUCAUGCAAAGUGAUUUCCCGAGUGAGGUGCCUAAUGCAAACAGAAGUAGGGCUGAAGUUGAAAGUGGGCCUACAAUUCUACAGCCACGAAAACCAGUCAACUAUGACGCAGAAGUUAGAAGGGCAGAGAUUAAUGGGUGUAUCAACAAUGCUUGUAACAAAUCUGUAAAAAUUAGCAACUCCAGCCCACAAAACAACCCUAACAAUCAAACGGGAAAUGACAGCAUUGGGUUCAAUCCUUUCUUGAACUUUCUGCUACAAAAUGACUCAAAUUACAAUAUUGCCAACAUAGUGCCUCCUGAAGAACAAAGCGUCUACUUUUGUGAUGUAACGCCCGAUCUGCAACAUCAAUACAAUAUCAAACAGAACGUUGACGAGGAAUGUGAUGACCAAAAUACAUACACCAAAAAUCCAUCAAAAGCUGAUUUGAUCUUGAAUGCACAAUCGAGUACCAAAGGCGCUAAAUGGCACGACAUGAACAGAAACAAGGCUGAAGCUAAUCCAAUGUGUACUAUCACUGGAAAUGAGAAUAAAUUGAACUAUCGGACUUCGGAUGAUUAUUCGCAAAACACAAGACGAGUUUCAGACGGAGUUAGAGAGAGCUUGUCAAUAAAUUCAAACGAGAAAAGAAGUUUGAAAGCAAGUGACUGCAAUUUUGAUCAGAUAAACAAGACCUGCAGUGAUCAGUCAAGCUACAAAAACUACAUAGAAAGUAUUAUUGAUCAUUCAACUGAAAUUUCGGCUAACAAUGCACAAGCUUCAGCUCCCACACAAUCUCAGAGGUCAAAUUGCCAAAUGGAUACAACAGAAACAGCCACCGAUUCAGCAGCCAGUCAGGUCGAUUCAAAAGUGAACCAAGAGAUUUCACAGCGAUUGACUGACAGACUUGUCCAAUCAGAGAAAGCAAUACCACCAGCUAGUCUAGUCACAUUGGAGGAGCCAGAAUAUCUUCAACAUCUAAAAAAACUGAGAUGGGAUCAUCUAAGGCACAUUUCACGAGAGGUUCACAGAUUAGAGAAUUUGGAAAGAUUUUUGGACUCUUGUGGCUGUGGUCAUAUGAUGAUCCAUAAAGGAAUGACAUAGGCCUUGUAAUUUACAAAACGGUACUUAAUUACUUAUUUGGUAUCAUUCGAAAAUUCGUCAGCAAGUACAUAUAGGAAGCAAUAGCGAGGAAUGAGGAUAUUCAAUACAUAUUGAUUUUGAAAAUCUAAGUUGAAAUUCGGUAGAUAUCAAGACAGUUCGAAAAUCCAAUAUUUUUCUGCGCCUUAUCAAGUCAUUUAUGCAUUGUAAAGACGAUACUAACUUCAGACAUAAAAUUUUUCACAAACCCUA